UGAAAUCUUCGUACCGGCCGUUUUCUUACCGUGAUAAUUUCAGUUAAUGCUAAGAGUGCUUUGGCAAAUCGUUUAUCUAAUAAUAUUACGGGAAUUGCAAAUCUGCUGCUCGUAAUUAUUAACAGCGGCACAGAAUUGCUUCAUAUUAUAUAUUUACGGAAGUGUAGAAGAUAGUGUACAGUAGAAGUAGUAUAUAGAUAUAGUGAUGUGACUCGUCUCGUACCGUACAAUUUUAUUAACCGAAAACAUUGUUGCAAUUUAUCCCGACAUUAAUAUUAUGGAAUCAUUCAAAGUGACAGCCGAAGAUAUCCUCACGUUUGAGCAAGACGGCGCAGUUUGUUUGCGAAAUGUUUUCAGUCCCGAGUGGGUGCGCAAAGUGGAAAGCGGUAUUGCUAAGAACCUGAAGCAUCCCAGUGGUUAUUCCGAAUUUCUAAAGGAUUCCUCCACCAGUCCUAUUGUAAUUUACAACGAAGGAAUAUAUUUUAACGAUUACUUCAACUGGAAAAACAUUCCCGAAUUUCAAGAUUAUGUAUAUCAUUCCCCGGCUGCCGACGUGGUACAACAGCUGUUGAAAACCGCAACAGUAACAUUCUAUCACGAACAUGUUUUAAUAAAGGAGCAAGGUGCAGCAAAAGAAACACCGUGGCACCAUGAUCAGAGCUAUUAUCCCUUCGACGGCGAGCAGGCGUGCUCAAUCUGGAUGCCGGUUGAUCCAGUCGCCUUACCGACCACAUUGCAAUUUAUUCGCGGAUCGCAUAAAUGGGGAUGGUUUUAUCCACGAAAGUUUGCUACAACCUUAAAUUACUCUCUAACGUCAACAGUCCUGGACCAUGAAUAUCGGGAUGUGCCAGACAUAGCCAACAUCCCAGAAAGCGAGAUCCUACAGUGGACACUGCAGCCUGGAGACUGCAUCGUUUUCCACAUGAAGACCCUGCACGGGGCAAAAGGCAAUAUGACUGCGAAUAAUCGCCGUAUAUUGUCCACUCGCUGGUUUGGAGAUGAUGUGCGGAUGGCGCAACGGCCGUGGGUGCCAUCGCCACCCGUAACCGGCAAGCUUAAAGUGGGCGAUCCACCUAACACUGAUCCAGAUCUAUUCCCGGUUGUCAAGCCUAUCUAAAAACCCAGGAGUUCGGGAGACUAAUUAACGAAUUUAGCUUGUUGCUCUUACUAUAUUAUAUUUGUUCCAUUUGCACCAAAUCUUGUUAUGUAUAGGCACGAAAGCAAUCAUGUGCCGUACCAGACGCUGUCAAACUCUAAUGGUAAAUUUCUUUUGCUCGCAGCGCAGUACGUUUCAAACAAAAUAAUGAUAAAUUAUUAACCAAUCGAAA